AUGGUCGGUGGCCGCGACCACCAACAAGAGGAAUCGCGAGGCGGCGGCGGCGGCACCAAGGGGAAGCCGCAGCCCGUCACUGCCAAGGAAAAGCGGGUCACAGCUAAGGAAGUGUCGGAGUCGAGGAAGCCCGACUACAACCUUAAGAAAGACAUCGAAGUACUAUGGGGAAAGAUGAUAGGUCGUCAUUUGAGCAAGGAGGAUAUAAUCAAGCUAGUUACCGAGGCCCUCCGUAAAAUGGAUUGGAAAUAUUUGGAAUUUCUGGAUCCCAUACAUGUGUGUAGUGGUUCUCACACUCAAGAGAGUGGCAAGGUUAGGACGCAUAUUAUCAGAAUCUUGAAGAAGCAGAUUAUGAAGCUUGAUGUCAGUGAUUAUGGAUGCCUUGUUCUAUUUGAAGAGCUGACAAAGCAGUUAAAGGAAAUCAUAUUGAUAAGCUUAAACAGGUCCAUCUUUGACCAAGUAUAG